UCAUUAUCGUGAGUCACACUGAGACAAGUCAAUCCUCGCGAUAAGAGAGGGGUUGUGGAAACAUGAACAACAACAAUAACAACAACAAAUACGGGCAUUUUUUCCGGUCCAGAUGACCUCUUCCCCGCGCAGUAACAACUCCUACUACAUCCAUCCGUAUAUCUAUCGACCCGCUCGCUACCUGUCAACUUCGUUGGACUUUCAUCCUUGGAUAUAGACCCAUCCAGCCAUCCAGCUAGACAAAGGAAAAAUCAUGGUACACGCCGCCGACCACCUGUCUGCCCAAGAGCUCGAGACGCUCUCCACCAAGGCCAUCGCCGCCAAGGACACCGCAUACUGCCCCUACUCAAAGUUCCGUGUUGGCGCAUGCAUUUUGACCGAGUCGGGCGAAUUCGUCCAGGGCGCCAAUGUUGAAAAUGCCUCUUAUCCUGUUGGAACUUGUGCGGAGCGAGUAGCUUUUGGAAGUGCGAUUGUGGCCGGGCAUCGCAACUUCAAGGCCAUUGCCGUUGCGACUGACAUCAAACCUCCCGCUUCACCAUGCGGCAUGUGUAGACAGUUUAUGAGUGAAUUUACCACCCCAGAGUUCCCUAUCUUUAUGUAUGAUGGUGAGGGGAACUAUACUCUUACUACAAUGGGAGAGCUCCUACCGAGCUCGUUCGGCCCGAGUGAUUUCACUCAUUGAUCAUUAAACCAUGUCACUAGUCUUGAUUUGCUUGAUCACCAGUCGGUUGCCAUUGUGGAGUAAAGCAGGGUGAUUGGCAUAUGUAAGUUGGUGGGUGAUCCUAUUUUUUCAGUGUC